AUGCCCAAGACCGAGAAGGGGAAGCCAAAGCAUGACGAUAUGACGGAGGACGUGGUACCUGAAAAGCUGAGCCGUCGCACGUUGGCACUUGCGAAGCAGCAGCAAGCAGAGGAGGAAGAUCAGCACAAGGAGAUAUCAACAGUAUCCAGGAAGCAGGAGCAGGAUAGCAGUGAUGAGUCUGCGGAUGAAAACGAUGAGGAUAUGGAUGAUUACGAUAGCCAGGAUCUUGUGCGUUUCAAUGGUGAUUAUGUGGAGGAUGUCGAAAUCUGUGAGGAAGAUGAAGAAGCACUUGCUAAUUUUAUGAUGGGUGCUCCUGAUCGCCGCAAUUUAGCAGAUAUUAUAAUGAAUAAAAUUUUUGAAAAAGAAGCUCGUGAGCGUGGAGAUGAUCAGGCACCGCAAAACAGUAAGUUUGAUCCAAAAAUCGUAGAAGUGUACACGGGAGUAGGGAGAAUUCUGCAGCGGUACACGUCUGGAAAGUUGCCAAAAGCUUUUAAGGUGAUUCCAAGCCUGAGCUACUGGGAAGACAUUCUAUGGCUUACGAGUCCCGAGAAGUGGUCGCCGCACGCUAUGCGUGCAGCUACGCGAUUGUUCGCGUCAAAUUUGAACCCGAAAAUGGCUCAGCGCUUUUACAACAUCUUUUUGCUAGAGCACGUUCGACAGGACAUUCACGAUAACAAGCGCUUAAACUUUCAUUUGUACAUGGCUUUAAAAAAGGCACUGUACAAACCACAGGCAUUUUUUAAGGGUAUAAUUAUUCCACUCUGUGAGUCUAAAAACUGUAGUCAGCGGGAAGCUGCGAUCAUUGGCAGUGUGCUUUCCAAAGUUUCGGUGCCUGUGAUCCACUCUGCCGCGACAUUGAUGAAGUUAUCAAGCAUGGAGUAUUCGGGUGGUAAUAGCAUGUUCAUCCGGGUGCUACUAAACAAAAAGUAUAGUUUACCCACGCGCGUGGUGUCUGAACUGAGUCAGCACUUUUUGCGCUUUACGUCGGACACGCGCAAACUUCCAGUUUUAUGGCACCAAUCUCUCUUAGUAUUUGCGCAGCGUUACAAGAACGAUAUUCCUAAGCAAUACAAGGAGGCUAUGAAGCCAUUACUGAAGCAGCAUUUUCACCACCAGAUCACACCGGAGAUUCGUCGCGAAAUCUUUAACGAGUAG